ACUGGAACUCCUCUGAGUCACAGUCCCAUAAUCAACGCAGCACAGACAGCUCGCGCAGGGCCGUGCACGUGCUGGACAUUGAUAAGAAAACUGCACGACCAGAGUUAUAUAUAACUUAUAAAUGUCGCUUUCAUUGCAGCCAAUGUGAAGAACUGGACGAAGGGAUUCUCGUGUCUUACACUUGGAACAUCUUAGAUUGUGAAUGCAAUAUAAAUAGUAUACCUACUAUUUAACUGUUUUUAUACUCAAUCAACGGUGAUGUGGAGUUAAAGAGUUACGGAGGAUUUUCUUGAAGAAUGGCCUAUUUUAGAUUAAAACAAAAAGUCCAAUUUGAUCUUUAAAACUCUUUUCGCUUUAAUCCGCAAACUGCCUUUCAAAGGACUUCAAAUGGGCCGCUUGCUCCUCAGAAAAGAGACUCAUUCUGCGGUGGAGGGCAAUUUGAAUGUUUGCGCACCGAGAAGAAUGUCAAGCCUGCACAGCCACUGAGGGACUCAGAACUGCUGCUUAAUUAACCCGCUAUUUGCUCACGAGCCGCUGCUGUCCCCAGCGCCAGGUGCUGAGCUUCUCGUGCGCAUUUCUCUCAAUGCGCGCUGUCCCGCGGAGUCCCGCAGCGGCACGGCAGCAAGAUGAGCUCGCGGAUCCCGCUACUUCUCGCGGUGCUUGCGGCGGCGUGUCUGCGGUUUGGCAGUGCGGAGAAUGCAAAUCAACAUGCCAGCGAACACAGCGUAUGCACAUCUGUGCCAUGAUGAGCUCAUUUAUGCAGCAAAUCACCAUGACAACAUUUCAUCCAACAAUGUACACCUGCUUAUCGAUGUCUAUCUCUUGGUGGAUUCACUGUGCCGAUCCUCUCCCGGCUGCAGUGGUUGAGUUGGUGAAGGGUGGAUCUGUGUCCUCUAUGCAGGAUCUGCAGUUUCUGCUGUUCUCUGAGUCCAUAGAGGUCGAGCCAGAUGGUCACCAUGACAAUGACACCAGCAAUCGACUGCCACGGAGUCUUCUCGAUGCUCAGCCUGCUCAGCAAGCCAUCUGUAAGGUCAGGACAGAGGUCAUCGAGGUCACCCGCUCCAUGUUGGACCGUAGUUAUUCAAAUUUCCUGUUGUGGCCUCCGUGUGUGGAGGUGCAGAGGUGUUCAGGGUGCUGUAAUACCAAGAGCCUGCAGUGUGUUCCUGUACUUACACACACACGAUACCUACAGGUGAUGAAGAUACAGUAUGUGAACAAGAGGCCACUCUACGAUAAAGCCAUUGUCUCUGUCCUUGACCAUGUUGAGUGUCGCUGUCAGCCAGCCCCUCGUUCCCCCCAGCGUAGGAAGUCAUCUGCAAACAAACAGGAAGCACGAGAUCGCUCUGGGAAACCUCGCACUAAAGAUGAGCUCCACCGCAGAGAUGAACUCAAACAUAACCAGAGGCUCAGCCUGGAGGACCUACUGAGCCAAAGCUGGCUGCCCAAGGAGAGGCUCUCUGAGUCGGGAGCACCAGAUGCCUUCCAACCUUCUGGAGAGAUCAAGCUCCAUUUCGGCCGUGAUGGCUGGGCUCUGAAUGAAACGCAGUAUGGAGGGAGCAAAGGUCAUCUCCAUUACCCUGGGGAUGGAUGGAGACAUCAUGGCAACAUGAAUGACACAAAGGCGACUCCGCUGCCGAAUCAUACAGAGCGAGAAGAAACUGAGAAGCUUAAUUCUUCUCUGCUCAAUAUUACAAAGGUCAGCGAAAGAGAGCUAUCAAAUAUGCCAUUUGAAUCACAGACUAAUGCUAACCAAAGUAAAACCAAUCAGACAUCUGAAUAUAAGACUGGUUUAAUGGAACUGACCAAUAAGACAUUUAAGCAUCACUCAAACAUCACGCAAGAAAUCAGCUACACCAAUAGUGAAGAAAUCGAGCAUUUACAAAGACAUGAACCCAACUUUGCUGCAGGGACCAAUCAGAAUCAUGAAAAUAAAGCCCUGCCCACAGAGCUGACCAGACAGACAGAUCAGCUCACUUCAAACGCCACAGAAAGAUCCAAUCAAAAUCAAGGAGAUGUGUUUCUGUCUUCCGAGGAGAACAGUAAGAGAGUGAGAAGUAAUGAGACUUCAGACGUAGGGAGUAAAGAGGAGGAGAAGAGGAGAGGUUCCAGCCCACAAGUGGAGAAAAACGCUAAGGAGGAGGAGAUGGAAGAACUGUUGUUACUGCACAAACUCCUAGAUGAAGAAAAACUCAAACAUCACCUCAAAGUACAGCAAACAAGUACACAACAGGACGAUAAACUACAGCAGCUCCACCACAAGCAUCAACACGAGCACAUAACCACAACCACACAACGAAUAGGAACCACAUUUCCCCCUCCGCAUCGUUCCCCUCCUCGCACACCUCCCAAACCACCUCCUCAUCCCCCGAAACGGAGGAGAAAACAACGCAACCGCAUCAGCAAAUCCGCCAUGAGAGCACUGCUCAUGUAGCACAAAAACACACAGGUUCUUUGAACGACCCUCAGAUACACAACUGUACGUUCAAGAUACUGAACAGACUGUACUCCUGUUCCUCAAGCCCUCGUUUACAUUCGUCUACUCUGACUGAGGUCUGUUGCAUUCAGGCAAGUGAUGUUACCAUAACAAUGAUAAAUUAUUUAAUUCAUUUCCUCCCUUGAUUCCCAAUGAUUUCAUCCAUCAUUCAUAAUUAGUGCUCCAACAGUAAGAUGGAUUUUCUCCAACAAAGCAAAACGAUCACUGAAAUAUUAUGUGCUUCAGUAUUACACCAACAACUUUUCAACCAACAUCUACUGAAGCAAAACCAAAAAUAUAUAUAUAUAUAGAAAAACAAUCACUAAUAUUUGGCAACCAUAAAAGGUCACAUAUCUGAAGAUCCCACUACAAGACAGAGGAUGAAUAUUCCUUUCUUAGCUAGUUGUUCACUCAUUUCCCUCUUAGCAUGCACACUUAAGCAAAGGUGCUAAAAGAGAAAGUUUGUUAUUGUCAUUGCUGCACAUAAGUGAUAUACAGCCACUCAGAGUUCAUAUUUGCAAGAGUUAAUGCACUAAGAGCAGAUAAAUCUCAUGUAUGCUAACAGAGAGAAGAGUUUCCCUCCCUCGCCAUGAUUUAGCCUCCAUUAGCUAGCUAGCAUAACACAUGUAUGCAAACAGACACACACAGGUUGUCUAUAAACCCACUGCACUUUUCAUUGGCAAUAAGGCCACAUCUGGACAGUGUUUUCCUCUGUUGGCGUUGGAAAUGUGUGUGAAUUUAGUUGAAUGAAUUGAUGUCUAGCUAAUCUCUGAAUGAUAAAUCCAAAGUCAUGCUAACAGCUGGCCUGAGCUAAGAAAAUGUUUUGAAAAUAAGUGCAGAAUGCAAUAUUUAUCUCAAAAUGCACACACAUUUUGUACACAAAAUUGAAAAUCUUUACACCUGGGCCAGUACGUGUGAGGACCUCCCAUAGACUUUUGUAGAUGAUUGUUCUAAAAUUAAAGCUAAUUAUAAUAACUACACCCUAAACCUAGCCCCAAAACCAUGCUAACAGCUGGCCUGUGCUAAGAAAAUGUGUUGAAAACAAGUACAGGAUGCAACAUUAGCAUAAUAAUUUAUCUGAAUUCACAAUAAGUCUUCACCUCUAGGCCUUACGAGGACCUCCCAUAGACUUCUAUUGUUCUUAGAUUUAAGCUAAUUAUAACAAUUACACUUUAAUUCAACACCCAAUUAUACCCCUUUUGGACAUUAUUUGGCCUGUUCAUGAAUCUUGUGAAGACUGUCCUCACAAGUCAGAGGUAUUAGUGAGGACAUUUUCAGAUAUUUGGUCCUCACAAAUAUAUUGUAGCGAAAGUUCUUGCUCUGAUUGUGAUGUUAAGUUUGUGUCUAUGAAAACAGCAGAUAUGUUUUGAGAUUUGUUUAAAGGAAGUAGCAAACUAUGAUCAUAGGUUUAAAUGUAUCUGAAAAAAGUUUCUAUGAAAUGAAAGUACUUAUUAUCAUCCAUAUGGAAGUAACACUGGCAUUAUAUGGAAUUUGUCUAGAGCACUGAAGAUUGAAAAGAGAGAGACGUCCAAGAUGAAAAAUCGAAUGAGACUAAAUUAGAGGUGUGAACUUGAACAAAACUUUUCAAAGUAUCCUCAGUGUGUUUUGAAAAAGAUAGAGAUGCUUGUGCUUUGAGAUGUUAAUGAUGUUUACACCGUUUGAAACCAAUUUCUUAUGGAUGAAAGACAUCUAAAGAGACACAUACAGUCAGACACAACUUCAGCUGUUUAAUCGUACAGAUGUCAUACACAUAGACAUGUACACUUGUGCACACAACUGCAGACACACAAGCACAUGAUGUAGGGCCUUAAAUAAGAUAACAGGAAGACAGUGUGCGCUGCCGGUAUAGAUAAAUAUCUGAUCUAUUGUGUGCAAGCUUGUGUGUGGCUGGGAUGUGUGAAAAUGUGUGUGCUUCUACGGAUGCUUGUGUGUGUGUGUGACUGUAUGUACUGUAUGUUUAUCUCUGCACAUAUUUGUGUGACACUGAGCCACAAAUAACAACCUCCUGCCCCAGACAUUCUGAGACGGUAUGUGCUGCACACUCUCACACACUCUCAACGUCGUGGAUCUGUACAGCUGUUGCCCCAGUGUGCUUCAGCUCAACUCACAUUCUGCUGUAGAUCACCUGCAUGAUUCAGUUUGAACUUAAAUUAUCGGCACAGCAUGCACAAACAUUUUGGUUGCAGUUAGGUUACAGCGUAGCACAAACUUUUAAAAUGUUCAGAAAACUACACCUCACACCAAGCGAUAAAUCCAGUCUCAUCCAUGCAAAUAUGAGUUUUUGCCUAACAAGCCGCAAUAAUUUUGAAGCCGUUUGUUUUCUAUUCAUGUGGCGUUGUUUUGGGUAGCCACACUGAAAUCUCACUGGUGCAAAUCCCGCUCCACAUAGCUGUAUAGAAAAAAUCAAAUACAUUCUGAUUGGCUGUUAGUGUGCUGCAUUGCGCAGCAUUUUUGCUUUUGGUGUGAACUGUCAAAUUACUUGACAAUGGCAACCUUACAAAUGUGCCUUAAUUUUUAUAUAACCAAAAUAAAAUGAUAUGGAAAAGUUGUGAAAAUACCUACCUGGUAGGUUUUCCUAAGUUGCCUCAAAGCAUCUAUAACAAAUUUUUUGGAUGAAAAGAAAACAAGAUCAAACUGCAACCUUUGUGAAUCAUUUUGUUUAGGUUUAUAAAAGUCAAGCUCGCUGGGAGCCUAUUGAUCACUUUAAGAAAUAACCUUUGAAUAAUCUUGUUGAAUGCCUUUAUGAUCUAAAGGACUUUGAAUGGGGGUCAACAAGCUUCAGGAAAUGUGGGGAUAACUCUGAAGAAGCACCAAUGAGGUGAACUGCUCACAUUAUAGUGAAAAUGUGUAAUGAACAACCCUUGCCAAGUGUUUUCUUACUACUCACUAUCAGUUUGUUGGUAUAAUCAACACUUUUACCCAAAGAGAUCAUAUCAGAAUUAAGCUUCCUCCUUUGGGUGGGUGACUUUCGUCCUGAAUCACUGGUUCACAUCAGUACUGCUAGAGAAUCAGUCUAGCAUGAGUGGUUCACUAGAGGCCAGAGGUCAGAUCAGGGGGCAGGAUUAUUGAGUUUAACAGAUUAGCUUGAAAUUUUGUUUUAUUGAAAACUGUGGGACAACUGGCUUAUUGAUUAUGCAUGAGCGUAUGUAAGGAGGCCCUGUGCUUAAUUUCUCUUUGCCCCUGCAGGUCUCAGAAAGUCAUUUCUUUGUACAAAAUAUAUGCUCAAUAAUUUCUUUAAAAAAGGACAAAUCUUUAUUGAACUGAAAAGAGAUUUUGUAUAAUUGUAUUUUAUUUUUUAUUUGUGUGUGUGUGUGUGUGUGUGUGUGUGUUUUUUGUUCUAAAGGGUGUAUGUCCCUCUUUUGCUUCUUUUGUAUCAAUCACCAUGACCUCUGACAUCUUCGCUCCUUAAAGAGUGACACCGUGGCGUCCCCUCAGCUAGUUUUGGACAGGUUUGUUUUGAUGAUGUCAGAACACGUGGGUGUCAUGACAAUGUGUUACUGACAGAGAGAAACACACACAGGCAUGCAAAGCGUGCAAAUCACUUACAUUUUUAUUACAUUUGACAUCAACUUUGCCAUUACAAAUGUCUUUUCUCCUUCAUGCUCAGAUAAAUGAGAGUCCUGUUAUGAGAUUGUGUCUGAGAAUUGAACUCGGUCAUCAGCGGCGGUACCCUCAAAAAUGUUCCAGCAUUUUCAGUUGCAUAUAGUUGCGCAAUAGGUUUUUGUUUUUGAUCCUGUCAAUACGUUGAUAUUGUAUGUUUUAGUGUGCACAUGUGUACACUUAACCAGAGGCAAGCAGUUAGCCCCUUCAAACCUUUCAGAGAAGGGGUGACAUAAACUGAGAUGGAAACGUUAUUCAAAUUAUGAAACGCUUUUUACCCCUAUUAACAAUGUAUGUGCAUUAUAUAAAUAAAUAUUAAAUAUUAAAAUAUAUUGUAUACAACGUAACUUAAUGGGGUAGUUCACCCAAAAAUGUUCUCAUUAUUUACUCACCCUCA